AACAGGAAGUACUUUUAUGUCGCUGAUAUGUUCACAAUAGGAAUAAGCAUAAUUCAGCCGAUUUACCGUUUUGACGUGCGAACAGAUUGUGUGUGUCUCCGGUGUUUUGUGGGAGUGUCUGUCUCUCGACUGCGCGGCAAAAGCACGGGGCAAAACAAAAGCAUGUGGAUGUAAUUUCAACAAAGAUUGCAUCAGACUGGGAUUGAAAUCAACCACUAACCAUGGGGAUUCGGUCAGCUCAGAAGAAGCAUUUCCCUCUUCGGGGCAUCGAUGGAGUGGUGCAGCUUUUCGAGUCUGAACUUAACAACCCAGAACCAGAUCUGGCCCUGCUGUCCCUUGUGCUGGGUUUUGUAGAGCACUUCCUGGCUGUCAACAGAGUUGUUCCCGUCAAUGUCCCGGGCGUUCGCUUUGAACCUCUUAAACCUGACUGUCCCAACUCUUGCUUCCCCACAGUCGAGCUGAAUCUCAUAUCUGCCCUAUAUGAACGCUUCUUGGCCCAGAUUCGUGGUGCCGUGGACAUGUCACAGUACCGCAAACCGUCUGGCGUCUCCAGCCGUGAGCUUGUGAAAAAGGUCUCAGAUGUGAUCUGGAACAGUCUUAGUCGGUCGUAUUUCAAGGACAGGGCACAUAUUCAGUCCCUCUUCAGUCUUAUCACAGGCACAAAGCUGGACAGCUCAGGAGUAGCUUUUGCAGUGGUAGCUGCAUGUCAGGUGUUGGGCCUGAAGGAUGUUCAUCUCGCUCUCUCGGAAGACCACGCCUGGGUCAUCUUUGGCAAAGGUGGGGAAGAGACUGCAGAGGUCACAUGGCAUGGGAAGGGCAACGAAGACAGAAGAGGUCAGACUGUCAGUGCUGGAGUCAAUGAAAGGAGCUGGUUAUAUCUUAAAGGCUCCUACAUGAAAUGCAACAGAAAUAUGGAGGUGGCAUUCAUGGUUUGCGCCAUCAAUCCUUCUCUAGAUCUGCACACAGACAGUACAGAGUUACUCCAGCUUCAGCAAAGGCUGUUGUGGCUGCUGUAUGAUCGAGGCGAUUUGGAAAGGUAUCCCAUGGCAAUGGGCACUUUGGCUGACCUUGAAGAUCAGGAACCCAUGACUGGCAAGGAAAGCCCUCUCUCUAUUCACAUUAAGGCUGUUGACUCUGCUAAAAAAUAUUACAACAACGAGCACAUAUACCCUUUCAUGUAUCUAGCAGGGUACUAUUACAGGCACAGAAAUGUCCAGGAGGCUUUGCGUUCCUGGGCAGAAGCUGCAUCAGUAAUGCAAGAUUACAACUACUGCAGAGAGGAUGAGGAGAUCUAUAAGGAGUUUUUUGACAUUGCUAAUGAUGUCAUUCCCACCCUUCUUAAAGAGACAACAGCUGCUGCGGAAAGUGGCAGUGAAGGGGCUGAUGAAAUGGAAAAAGAGGACCAGCCCAGACAGGUUGCUGCUUUGUCUGCCCUUCAGGACCCAGAGUGCUUUGCUCACUUACUCCGGUUCUAUGAUGGGAUUUGUAAAUGGGAAGAAGGAAGUCCCACGCCAGUGCUUCAUGUUGGCUGGGCCACCUAUCUGGUUCAGUCCCUUAGUCGUUUUGACGCACAGAUUAGGCAAAAAGUGUCAAUCAUCACCAAAGAUGCAGAACCAGUGGACGACGAUGACCAAUCCAGUGAGGACCCGCGUGAGGGGCGUAGACGGGGUCCGAGACGAGAAUCAAAGUUAGAUGAACAAGCAGGACCGUCGUCUCCAAGUGCAGCAUUGCCUGCACAAAAUCCAGUGCCCAAAAAGGUGGGUGGAGAAGGAGGACGCCGUCGCUCCUCUGCUGGCACUCGAGGUAAAGAGUCCGAUGGCAAAAAUGAGCCAUCAUCCCCAAGUCCCACACCUUCACCUUCCCAGCCUCCCAUAGUGCAGGGAGGGCCGGUGGUGGUUUUCCACAGUGAGAAGAUGAAGGGUAUGAAGGAGCUGCUUUCUGCGGCAAAGAUCAACUCUAGUGCCAUUAAACUGCAGCUCACGGCUCAGUCUCAAGUGCAGAUGAAGAGACAGAAACCCACACCUUCUGGAGAUUACACCUUGUCCUUCAUGAAACGCCCUCGCAAAACUCUUUAAAACUUUACAUUUUUACUUUUGCAUUUUCACCUGGAGUGAAGUUCAUUUGUUUAUCUGGAAAUGACAAAUGUUUUGAUAAGCUGAUGCUGAAUUUAUUUAAUUCACUUCUUUAUAACCGUUACAAGUUGAAAUCAGAAAACGUGUCUAUCAUGCACCAGCAAUUUUGUUUUAUUAUUUGAUAGUAUAAAGUAAUUUUAUUGAUUUGCCUUAAAUCUGUUUAAUUACAAUACGUUCUAAGUUCCCAAAUUACCACAAGCCAAAGUGAUUAUUUUGUGUUUAUCAGGUUUUUAGAAAAGAUGCAAUUCUUUUCUCUGCAAUACAAUGAAACUUCUGAAAUUUCUUUGCUUCACAAGUCUGAUGUAUUUAACAAAUACUGGGAUUCCCAGCCUACAUGUGUAGGUCUUGCACUUGUUCUGUUAUUCUCUACACAACUGCUGGAUUUCAUAGGUGGUCUCAAGGUUACAGUAGUGUCAUAGCAAGUAUCCUUUUGAAAAAUGUGCGGUAAUUGUUUAAAAAUUAUUUUCUCAAUGUUAAAGUGUAUUUUCCACUAAAUAAACAACCUGAACAAAACUA